UUACUACUUUUUCUUUUUUGCAGAAUGGAGACAGACUAUAACCCCGUGGAGCUGAGCAGUAUGUCUGGGUUUGAAGAAGGCUCCGAGCUCAAUGGAUUUGAAGGAACAGAUAUGAAGGACAUGCGGCUAGAAGCUGAAGCAGUUGUAAAUGAUGUUUUCUUUGCUGUCAACAGUAUGUUUGUCUCCAAAAGCCUGCGCUGUGCAGAUGAUGUGGCUUACAUCAAUGUGGAGACAAAGGAGAGGAACAGAUACUGCCUGGAGCUCACAGAAGCAGGGCUCAGGGUAACGCACUUUUAUCUUUAGAAGAAGAGAAAAGCAUAUCUUUGCUACUUUAUCAGAAAGGAUAGAGAAGGACAUUAUAUAAGAACUAGUCAUGGGUAUCUUCAAAAACACGUAAAUGUUUUCCCCCAAAUUUUGGUUAAUUUAAUUUAAUUUGGCCGUAUUUUGUUGGUCAAAAUUUUGAUCAACAUAGAACAGUUGAAUUUGAGGGGUAAAUACAUUUCCAAAGUAUUGGUUCAGUUACUUGAAUUAUUACCACCCAAACAAAUAUCUUUCCUUCCUGUGGCUAACAGCUGCAUCUCCCAGAGUGGGCUCUGUGCAGUGGGUGCAUUUGUAGUUACUGUGCUAAAAGACCUUAGCUUGCCUUUCACAAGUGUAUUUCCCAUCCAUACGAGAUGUCUGAGCAAGGCUGGCAACUAGAUGCACGUUAUACAAGCCAGAACCCACAUAAAAGUGGCACUUCACAGUGUUGUCAUCUGA